AUGUCUUAUACGAUCACCGAGAAGCAGCCGGGAGCAACUUUACCAGGACUCUGCAGUGUGGGAGAUGGGCCCGUCGCCCACAGUGAGGGGGUGAUCAGAAACCCCAGCCUUCCUGGUGAUCACUAUGACAACAACCAGUUGUGUUUGUGGCGGCUGAGUGUUCCUCCAGGUUAUAGUAUUCUGCUGGAGUUUGAUCGUUUCCAGGUGGAGGAGGACUCGUACUGUCAGUACGAUCGGCUAACUGUCCUAGUUGGGACCCACAUGCCUGUUGCGGUUUUCUGCGGGCACUUGCUGCCGGGCUCUGUGUUUCUGCAGAAUUCCCAGAAUGCAACCCUCCUGUUUUCCUCUGACAUUAACACAGGAGGAAGUGGCUUUGUAGUCAGGCACCGUGCCGUCAAGGGACACCCUCGCCCUGGAUGUGGGACUGUUAUCCUGGUCAGGGAACAGGGUGAACUCCUAAGCCCAAACUACCCCCAGUCCUACAGUGAUGCCUGCCUCCUCCGUUGGGUUGUGUACGCUCCGCAGGGCCACGUCGUUAAGCUGGACUUUACCGACUUUGACCUGGAGGAGUCAGAGAGCUGCGCGUAUGAUUCCCUCACCGUCCUGGGAGACGUUGAAGGAGCAGAGGAGAUCGCUGUGCUGUGUGGUGCCACCAUCCCUCCCCCUGUCCUGUCCCACCACAGCGUCAUGGUGCUCCGCUUUACGUCAGACAGCAGCAUCGCACAUAGGGGAUUCAGAGCUUCACUGACCUUUAUUAAGAUCACAGACCUGCAUGAUCGGAGAGGAGCGGCUGACGAGGGAUGGACAGGCAUCUUCCCAGCGAGCCACCGGCGCUCAGCAUCUUCUGAUCCAGCUAAGCAGCAGUCCAGCCGCAGAGGCCUGCGUUACCACGGCGUCGUAGGAGGCUCAGAGGAGGCCGGGCCGGUCAGGACUUCAGACGAUGAAGACCACAGCGGUGAAUCCUCAGGGACGGAUCCUGCUGGAUAGAAGAACAUGGGAGGAAAGACGCGUUUCAGCUAUUGAUCCCUCCUUGUUCCUCCUCUGCUCACUUACUUUAACAUGGUUUCAGUCUGUGACGGCCUGCUGGUGUUAACAUCUGUUCUCUUCCUGUGCUGCAGUAUCAUGACACAGACCUUGGGAGUCUCGUGCCCCUUCCCCUAUUUACCUCCAGCCUUCUCAUAGUGGGCGACGGCUCUUCUCUCCACGUAUCCGGGGCUUAUGCCACACAAGAUGUUCACUUCCACUGCCCACUCAUCCAAACACAGUCACCCUCGCUGCUGAUUGCCACAUCGCAUAGUCCUGUCUUUUGUUUGUGUCGUGUUUAGUUAAAAU